AGUUUCCGUUUCAGCAGCCGUGAGGUCGGCCGAUGACCAGCAUUGUUCUCAGCGCUCUCUCCGUCCCUGCUGGUUGUCCGUCGUUACGUGCCUGUUCCUUUAAGAAAUCUGUGAAUGGUGACUGAACUUGAGCUUUCCGCGCUGACGUAAAGGGUUACAGAGGUUGAUGUUCCCUCAGAAAGCGGCAGAGAUCUGUAAUGAGGACCGCAUAGGGGGGUGGAACUCAAUUUCUUAUUACUAUUUAUGCUCAUUUUUAAUGUUUCAAAUGAAGUUUUAAGUUGCCUUGUCUUUACUUUUUGCGAACAUAACGGUUCCGCUUAAACCUCCGCCCUUUUCUAAGAACCUCUUUUUGCCUUAUUUUCAGAUUUGCCUCUUUUUUUUUCUUGCUUUUUUUUUUUUUUUUUUUUUUUUGCUUUUGCAGUCUAAACAGUCUGGAAAUACCAAAGUCCUCUUGUUGGAUCACAAUGCCGCUGGAUUGCUCCUGUUGGAGACGGCAGUGAGCUUCAGUCGGUUCGGGUUUUAAGUGAAAAUGCUCCAUAUAGAGGAGGAGGAGCAGGAGGGGACUCCGAGCCCUGCGCAACACGGGACGGCGCUCCGCAGCAGCGGCUCCUCCAGUGUGGGCACCAGCAGCAGCUGCACGGUGGGGCUCCUGCCACCUGCUUACCCGAAAGCGGAGUUUAAGAGAAACGCGGUGACUGAUGACUAUAAGAUCACAUCUCAGGUUCUUGGUCUGGGAAUCAAUGGCAAAGUGCUGGAGUGUUACUGUAAGAAAACCGGGGAGAAAUGCGCCCUGAAGAUUCUCUACGACACUCCUAAAGCCAGACGCGAGGUCGAGCUUCACUGGCGAGUGUCGGGAGGCCCCCACAUCGUGCGAAUCCUCAGCCUGUACGAGAACAUGCACCAGGGGAAGAAAUGUCUGCUCAUUGUGAUGGAGUGCAUGGAGGGAGGGGAGCUGUUCAGCCGCAUCCAGGUCAGAGGAGACCAGGCCUUCACUGAGAGAGAGGUGUCGGAGAUCAUGCACGACAUCGGCACGGCCAUAGAGUACCUCCACCAUGUGGACAUCGCUCACAGAGACGUGAAGCCCGAGAACCUGCUCUACACGACAAAGGACAGCAACGCUACGUUAAAACUGACCGAUUUUGGCUUCGCAAAGGAGACUAAAAUGCACAAUUCCCUCCAAACCCCGUGUUACACCCCGUAUUAUGUUGCGCCUGAAGUGCUCGGGCCGGAGAAAUACGACAAGUCAUGUGACAUGUGGUCUCUGGGGGUCAUCAUGUACAUCCUACUCUGUGGAUUUCCCCCGUUCUACUCCAACACAGGCCAGGCCAUCUCUCCAGGUAUGAAACAGAGGAUCAGACUGGGCCAGUAUGAGUUUCCCAACCCUGAGUGGGUCGACGUUUCUGAGGAAGCCAAACAGCUGAUUGUUCAGCUGCUGAAGACAGACCCCAGUGAGAGGAUGACCAUCGCAGUCGAUGGUGGUCCCACAAACACCUCUGCACACGUCUCGGGUUUUGACAGAAGACAUGGAGCUGUGGGACGAUGUGAAGGAGGGAAUGACCAGCGCUCUGGCCACCAUGCGUGUGGACUACGACCAGGUGAAGAUUAAGGACUUGGACACGUCCAACAACCCUCUGCUAAACAAGAGACGGAAUAGGCCAGCAGGUGGCGCUACAGGCCAUUCAGAGGGCGCAGACAGGGGCAGCAGG